GUGCCAGUGCCUCGGAGACCGAAACAAACAGAAUUAGAUUUCACACAGAAUAGAGAAUGGAGAUCGGAGAAUGGAGAAUGUCUGCGACUGGCUUUUGGAUGACUAUUUGGUAGAAAUUAUGUAAAUGCAUGAGUUGAGACCCUGAACUUGAAACGAGUCGGCGGAGCAGAAGCCCCGAUCACUUCAGUUUGCUGCUGAGUUAACUGGAGAUCGGUCGGAAACUUGGACUGGGAACUGCCCCCGGAGAAACACUUGUUGGAUACACAUUUAGGAACCAUGUACAGGACGUUUUUCGUGCUGUUAACCCUUGUGGCUGUGGCCAGUGCGGCCGGCUUUAACCGGGACUACCUGCCACGCCCGCCGGCCAGGGGGGCGUAUGUCUACGCCCCGCCCCCGCCCAGCACGAUGGCCCAACUGCGCCGGAUAAUCCAAGGUCACCUGGAGCGAUUCCAGCAGGCGGAUCAGGCCCACUUUUCGCGGAGGGCGAACGUUCAGCUGGGAAAAUCGGAAGUGCCGGCGGAGAGGAAGCCGCAGGCGAUGCAAUUGUGGGUGGUUCGCACGCCCACCGUUGUUUCCGGCGCGGCCUCGGAAAACUCACUGGAGUACGCCCUGGCCCCCAACACGCCCACUCCGAAGGACUACGCGCACAAGUUCCUGCCGGAGGGCAAGGAUGUGGUACCCGGAAGUUCUUACAUUCCGCUGCGGUUGCUGGUGAUAAAGCGCUGAGUUCGGAACUCAAUAUUCUGAAAUCCGAAAUCUCGGGCGGCGGCGUGGCUUUUGUUGUGCGAAAAACAAGUUCCGGCGGAAUGCCGAUACCAGAUACCCGAUACCUAAUACCCAACCAGUAGUUGGCUAAUUGGCCUUAAGCUUACUGGUUCUUACCGCUAGUUUAGCAAUACUGUACCAUUAGUUGUUUUAUGUUAAGGCCCGUGUUCGCUAAUCUAAAUUAAGUCACCACAUCCCGGAGGUCCGUGACUAAGACUUACGACCUUAUCGCAUCCA